CCAUACUUGGUUAAUACAUUGUGCAGAAACAUGCAAACAGUUUGAAAAAUUUUUUAGUUUUUGGAUGUUGGUUAUUCGUGCGAUUUGAAUUCAAAAAUUCAAUAAUAAAUGAAAUAAGAACAAUAAAAUAUAUACUUAAAUAAUCAAUAUUUAUAACAUUAUGUGCGAUACCAAGAAAGAUACAAUUGUAUAUACUUCGUUUCCGUCAAUGAAUGAUUUGCGUUGCGCAAUUUGUGAAAUUGAUUUUAUUGAAGUUCGAGACUCAUCAUCUAAAUCGAAUUUUCACUGGAAAACAAUGAAAUGUCGACUGCUUAUUCAUUUAAUUUCUGACGUAAUUGCUUCACCGGUAUCAGGUACAGAAACAUUAAUAUUCGUUAUUGCGAAUAAAAAAUUCUUUGAUACAGGAAAAUUGGAGAGAAUUUUAAGAAAUUUUAAAUUAGUGUAUCGAGGAUUACGGCCGGUUAAUGACAUAGUUUACAAAUCUUGUCUUAUUUAUACAAUACAAACUAAGAUAGCUCCUUUAUGGAACAAAGUUGGUGAAUUUUUUGUUCAGGGCAAAGAAUUUUAUAACUUCAUAGGAGGAGCUAAAGCAUUGCAAUUAGAUAUUCUUACAGAGGAUACGAACGUAUGUUUAAAACUUUAUGCAGAAAGAAUAAAAAUUUCAUACAUUAAACUUGAAGAUUAUCUUCCAUCAUCUGUUAUUUCACAAUUUCUAGCAGAUCCUAAGGGAUACAUUAACUUAUCACUUUAUAAUUUUCCAUUUAUAUAUGUUUUACCUAGCACCAAGAAAGGUAAAUUAUUAUCGGUAUUUAAAGAAAUUCCAUCAAAAUAUCCUUUUAAAGAUUAUGAUCAGUUACGGAGACAUUGGAAAAACAUGUAUGGCUAUUCUUUACCAAAAAAUAAGGAUGGAAUUUUAUAUUACGAAAUUAAAUUUUUAAUGCCGAAAUCGAAUAUUUUUAUUUAUCCUAGUUUAUGUAUAAUAAGUGGUCCUGUAGAUAUUAUUCCAAACAGAGAUAAAGAACCUACAAUUACUCAGUUUUUAUCUGAUAUGCUUAUAAAAUUACCUGUAGUUUGUAAUACACAAUUAAAAGUAUCUAAAAAUACUCCAUUUAAUACUACAUUGGGAAAUACAAGUUCUUUAGUUGAUACAUUAUUAAAAAAUACAGAAUUAAAUGCACAUUCACCAAAAAAUAAUAUUACUUCAAGUGCACAAUUAGAAUUUUCUGCAAAAUAUGUAAAUGAAUUAACAAAAAAUUCCAAUAGGGUUUCUACAUCAUUAAAAACACAUUUAGCUAUGAUUCAUCAACUUCAUAAUAUACCUGUUGGUGAAGAUGCAAACACUUUAAACAUUGAAAAUACUGAUGAACAUCAAAAUGGUAUUAACACAAGUUUAUAUUUACAAACAAGUUAUAAAGAUUUAAUAAUUAGUUAAAUUGUGUAGAAAUUCAAUUGUCAAGUACUAAUCAAAUUUCAGUGUUGCCUGCUAAAAAGAAACUCUGUAUUAAAAGUAUUGUAUCAAAAGAACUAAAUGAUAAUUUUACUUUAUCAAAGGAGAUAGCAAUU